UCCCCUCCCGUUUCCCCUCAGCCCCUUUUCCUCAGAGCGACCCCGGGCGGCGGCGGGGACGCUGAGGCGAAGCGACGACGACGGGCGGGCGGGAAAAGGACCAGCCGCCGCCAAGACGGACUUCCUGUGGGACAAGCGCACCGGGCUGACGGCCAAGAGGAUGCCUCGUUCUCGGAGGUUUCUGUCUUCGGAACGUAGCAGCCGGGGCAGCUACCGCGAGUGUUACCGCAGCCGUAAGCACAAGCGCCGACGGAGCCGUUCCCACUCGAGUAGCAGUGAGCGGUGGCGUCACAGAGAGGACAGCUAUCACGUCCGGUCCCGGAGUUACGACGAUCGCUCGUCCGACCGACGUGCCUACGACCGGCGAUACCUGGAGGAUUACCGGCGAGACGGCUACAGCGACCGGGGCGGCGAUGCCUACUACGAGCCCGAAUACCACCCUUCGGAUGAGUACCAGCGUUCCCGGGAUGGCAGUUACCGGAACUGCAAGAGCAACCGGCGGAAACGGCGACGGAGACGGCACGGAAGCCGCUCCUUCAGCCGUUCCUCCUCGCAGAGUCGUCCCAGCAGCAGGAGGAGAGCCAAGAACGUGGAGGACGAUGUGGAGGGCCACCUCAUCUACCGCGUCGGCGACUGUCUCCAAGAGAGAUACGAGAUCAUUACCACCCUCGGGGAAGGCACCUUUGGCCGCGUGGUGCAGUGCAUCGAUCACCGCAGGGGCAACACCCGGGUGGCUCUCAAAAUCAUCAAGAAUGUCGAGAAAUACAAAGAAGCCGCUCGUUUGGAGAUCAACGUGCUGGAGAAAAUUAACGAGAAAGAUCCCAGCAACCAAAACCUCUGCGUCCAGAUGUACGACUGGUUCGACUAUCACGGCCACAUGUGCAUUUCUUUUGAGCUCCUGGGGCUCAGCACCUUCGACUUCCUGAAGGACAACAACUAUCUGCCCUACCCGCUCCACCAGAUCAGGCAUAUGGCCUACCAAGUGUGCCAGGCGGUCAGAUUUCUACACGAGAACAAGCUCACCCAUACAGACCUCAAGCCGGAGAACAUCCUUUUCGUCAACUCGGACUACGAGAUGACCUACAACCUGGAAAAGGUGAGCUUGUGUCACCGGGAGCAACUUGAAUCACCACGUCGUCGGUUGGAUCGAUUGGAACCUGGCCCUGGAUUUACAAGGGGGACCAAACUGGGUGAAGAACUACGUGGAUAG